AUGGGGAUGACCGCGAGAACGUUGCCACUGAGUUACCUGAAAGACAUUGGGUAUCUGGGAGAGGCGCAGAGGAGGGGGUUGGAAAAGACGACCAACAUUGUGAAGAGGGUCGCCACGAUCGCCAAGCUUCGGGCAUGGCAGAAGUGGCGGCAACUGGGGGUCCCCAAACGUUCGGCGGGGAAGAAGGCCACCACCACCGGCAAUAUCCUGUGCGCCGCCGUCACCCGGGGAUACCUAGCGAGAAGGCGCGUCGCCAUGAUCCGUAGAGAAAGGGCCAAGGCAGCCGCGCAACGGGCUGAGCUCAAGCGGUCCCUGCUGCAGCGCCGUCUUGUGAAGGUGUCAGCGGCGUCACGGAUUGUCGCCUCGUGCUUGAUAGCCAACGCCUGGGCUCGCAGGCGGGAGAGACGUCGGUUGGUUCGGGCAGCGGUGGCCAUGGUGGAGCGCAACUACAUCGCUCGCAAGGCCAGGGAGCAAGGGUGGCGAGAGAUCGUGCUGUAUCGCAAGGAGCACGCCGCUGCGGGUAUGAUUCAGCGCUGGACGCGCGGGGUGCUCGUGAGGCGCCGGACUCCCCUAGUGAGCGUGGGAAUACUGAAGCUUGAGUGUGCGGGUGAAUUCUCGGUGGACCGUUGCUGA